ACAUUCGAUUUUAGCCUCAAUUUAAGUAUUGAUAUAGAAAUUGUCUUAGAUUUAUUAAACUAUUGUUAACUGAAUAAUCUUUUAAUUCAUAUUUUGCAGAUUUUGUUCAAGUUGGAAUUUUGAGUUUUAUUUCAAGAAGAAAAUGAAUAAAUUGAAUGAAAAUACGUUGGAAGAAAAUCAAGAUUCUUACUCUAAUAUUUCACCUAAAAAUCAAAAACUUCUCCUUAAAAAUGAAAUUAAUAUUUUGAAAGCGGAAGUACAAAGUUUUGACGCAACAAUUGAACAGGAAAUUGAUAAAGUUGAUUAUCAAAGAGAAGAACAACAGAAAAUUGUCAAUAAUUCAAUCACUGAAUUAAUUACUAGUAUUAAAAAGAAACGAGAAUCUAUUAUGGAGCAAAUUGAUAACUUUUAUACAGAUAAGAAAGUUAAUCUUGCUAAAGCAUUAGAAGAUAUUAAUCGUUUGGAGAAAUUACAACAAAAUUCAACAAAUUUCAUUAAUCCAAAAUCUUUACAAAAGCUUACGAAAGAUUUUAUCUAUUCUACUAAUAAUCUAUUGGAAAAAACUAUUCAUUUCGAUCGAAAAGAUCAAUGUUUAAGUGGAGAAAUUGGAAAGUUGAUUAAACCACUUUACGAGAUUCCAAUUAAGGAGUUGUCAAUUAAAUUUGAUAAUUCACCAAAAAAGAUUAUCACAUCAAGGAAAGGAUUUAUAGUUUUGGAAACUGAUUAUAGAAUUAUUGAAUUGGAAAGUGGAAAACGUUUAAUUUCAACAGCAAAGAAGAUAUUGGAUAUUUGUAGAACUUAUGAUAACAAUUUAGCGUAUCUUCAUUUCGAUAAAGAUAGAUUUAUAUGCACAAUAGUGAAUCUUGACAUUCAUGAAUCUAGUGAUACGAUUUUACCAAAAUGCAAUAUUGACUCUUCAACAGUCAUGUUCGCAGUUUUUAAACAUAGCAUUAUAAUAGGAAGUCAGAAAGGAGAGAAAGUUUACUUUUACGAUAUAACUUCAUCGAGAAUGAUUGAUUUAGAAAAUAAAUCAGAGAUAUUCGAUAACAAGUCGUUUACCAAUGGUUUAUGCGUUGGAGGUUCGUCUCAAAUUGCUAUCUUUAACUCUAUUGAUGGCUUUUACCAUCAAUUCAAUAUAAGAGAAAACGAAUCGCAUAACUAUUCGUUAUACGAUUCCAUUAUACAUAAACUCAACGAAGGUAGGGAAAUAUUUUGCACUAAUCAUAACAUUUUCAUAAUUGAUGAACAAACAUGGACAGCAACCUUAAUUGAACAAGAUAAGUUAAUUAAGGGAUUCACUUUGAAAGAAUGUAAUAUAACAGAUAUUGAGGUAAAAUUGUGUUUAAUCCAUUUAAACGAUCCCAAACAUAUUUGCAUUCACUACUAUCCUAAUUCCCAUAUAUAA